AUGUGGUUGCCCCUGCUUGUGUGCCAGCUUCGCCUGAUUCUGCGGAGUGAGGCCCAGACACCCAGCACUUUUUGCAACAUGCACUCAACAUUCAGACCACCAGUGAACUCGGACAUCACAGUGACCUGUGGUACUGAGGUUAUGGAGUUGAGUAUCUUGUUAUGCCCAGUCUACUUUGGUGGAUACAACGAAACCCUGAUGGCCCUCAACGCACAGUUCAUCCUCCCCGGGUGCCAUGGAAUACCUGACUGGAACAUUGACCCACCAAUCCUGAAAUUCAAUCUGUCAAUAACUGCUGAUGCUGUGGCUGUCUGCUCCAACACAUUCAGGAUAACCAAUGAAGUUGGUACUGGGUUAUUUUCUGACUUCUCAAAUGUCCAGUUUGUUAAUAUAUCUGGCACCAUCAACUCGCUGGACCCCAGUGCAUCUAUUGUCACCUACCGCCGGCAGAUCAUCUACAUGUUCUCCUGUCGCUACCCUCUGCAGUAUCAGGUCAACAACAGUAAAGUCACAGUAUCGGGUGUGAGUCUUGCAGUGAGGGACAAUGAAGGCAGCUUUGUCAGUACACUGACCAUGUGGCUCUACAGUGACACUGACUACACUCAGCAACUCAUUGUCCCAGAGAAUGGAAUAAAUCUGAAGACCAGAAUCUUUGUGGCUGUGAAAGCCACCAGUCUAACAGAGAGGUUCCACGUUCUGCUUGACCGAUGCUAUGCAACAACAAGUCCCGUUCCCGACAACAGCACCUACUAUGACCUCUUUGUUGGGUGUACACGUGACAGAAAAACCAGGGUUGAGUUGAACGGAGCGUCUCAGAAUGCAUACUUCUCCUUUGAGGCCUUCCGUUUCAUUGAACACAAGAACAUGACCCUCUCCACUUUCUACCUGCACUGUGUCACCCGACUCUGUGAGGUGUCCUCCUGCUCGUCCUUACUGCCCAACUGUUCAGGUUCCUCCAGGAAAAAGAGAGAAGCCCAGGGAGGGUUGGCCAACGACCAGGCCACAGUCUCCUCUGGACUCAUCAAGACCAAAGUGGACGACGGUCUUCCAACAGCUUCAUAAUGUAAGAAAUUCUUCCAAGCUGCCCUUGAUAAUCACAGUCAUCAAAG